CAUGGCGGACCGGGACGGGACCGGCGGCGGCCCGGGGGAUGCGGCUGCCUCUCCUCCCACCCCCGCCACUGACCCUCCCACCGUCCCCGCAGCUCCCGCAGCUCCCGCUGCCCGCCAGCAGGCGGCGGAGCCGGACGCCGAAUCUCCGGUCUCGGACCCCGAGCCCGGCUCUUCGGCCGACGCUGACAUGGAGCUGCUGCGGACGCUCCUCUCCCGGACCCUGGGGCUCGGCGGGGACAAACCGGAGCCGGUGCUGGACGAGCUGAGCCUGCCGGGCGUGAGCCGGUUCCUGAGGAGCGACCGCUGUAAGAAUAUCGUGUGCAUGGUGGGCGCCGGCAUCUCCACCUCUGCCGGCAUCCCGGAUUUCCGCUCCCCUGGCACCGGGCUCUACUCCAACCUGCAGAGCUACAACCUCCCCUACCCCGAGGCCAUCUUCGAGAUCAGGUUCUUCAAGAAACACCCGGAGCCCUUUUUCGCCCUCGCCCGCGAGCUCUACCCAGGGCAGUUCAAGCCCACCGUGUGCCACUACUUCAUGCGGCUGCUGCAGGACAAGGGUCUCUUGCUGCGCUGCUACACCCAGAACAUCGACACCCUGGAGAGGGUGGCGGGGCUGGACCCAGAGCUGCUGGUGGAGGCUCACGGCACCUUCUUCACCUCGCACUGCCUGCGGCCCUCGUGCCGCCAGCGCUACAGCCUGGCCUGGAUGAGGGAGCGGAUUUUCUCCUCCCUCGUCCCUAAAUGCGAGAAGUGCCAGGGGCUGGUGAAACCUGACAUCGUGUUUUUUGGGGAGAGCCUCCCCGCGCGCUUCUUCGCCCUGCUGGAGUCGGACUUCGAGAAGGUUGACCUGCUGAUCAUCAUGGGCACCUCGCUGCAGGUGCAGCCCUUUGCCUCCCUCAUCAGCAGGGUCCCAACCAACACCCCCAGGCUCCUCAUCAACAAGGAGAAGACGGGGCAGGGUGACCCCCUGAUGUCCCUGAUGGGCUUUGGUGGGAUGGACUUCGACUCGGACAAAGCCUACAGGGACGUGGCCUGGCUGGGGGACUGCGACAGCGGCUGCCUGGCUCUGGCUGAGCUCUUGGGCUGGAAGGAGGAGCUCGAGGAACUGGUGCGCAGGGAACACGCGGCCAUCGAUGCCAAGGCCAGGGAGCCCCCCCAGAAACAGCAGGGGCAUGAGGACAAGGAUGGGGGGAACCCCAAAAAGAGCCCGGGGGACAAGGAAAAAGCUCCAGGCGACCCCAAGAAGAGCCCCAGGGACAAGGCCAAGGCUGAAAAAGACCCCAAGAUGCCCCAGGGGGACAAGGAGAAAACUCAAAAUGACCCAGAAAAGUCACAGGGGGGGCAGUGAGGACCUUCCCCACAGCACAGCGGGGACAGCCCGGAAUUAAAUGGUCACAGAGGAGGUUUUGGCUUUCUGUGGUCACCGUGGGGUGGAGGGCCUGGGGCUCUUUCUUUCCUUGAAGGAAGUAAGAGAAAAACAAAAUAAAAAUACAGGAAAUGGGAAAAGUAAGUUAGAAAAGGAGAGGGGGAGGCUGAGGGCGCAAAAAGGGUUUUUUCCUCCCCAAAAAGGGGUGCUGCAGCUCCAAAAUGUGUUGGAACUCACAGGAAGGGUGUGGGGGGAUGUGUGUGCAAAACACUGAAACCCGUGCAGUUUCUCACUUUUGUAUCUACUGAGAAAUAGCAUUAAUUUCCAUUAAAAAUCGGUUUCCUUAUAAAA